CAGAUCUCACGGUCCCGCCGUUUCAUCAAACAGCCACAGCAUGCGAUCAAGCGCUAUUGGAAGAUGUCACGCCGUUGACAAAAGCAUCUCGAGCGCUCAGGACAGAUGCAUUCCCAUUUCCGUGCCAGGACGAGAGAAGAUCCGCUGCCCUUCUCUCUGCACAACGCCAUCCAAGCGCAUUGCUUCGCCAUUGCGAGAGUAAUGCGACUCCUCGUCAGCGAAGACUGAUGGCUGGUGUUCUUCAAACACCUGACCGCUUCAUUCCCCCUCGCUGGAACACUCCCACGAAAGAGUCUUUUCUGCUGGGAAAGGCGAUAUCAAAGAGGCCUGUACUGUCUUCUGCAAGCUCUACACUUUCGAGACGUGACACGGAUCCAUUUGGACCGAUUCCUAGUCAAAGCGUGAGGACAAACGACAGAUUUGCAACUACGCGCAGACUACCGCCAGAUCGACGCCCUAUCAACACCGUCGGAUCUCAACUGACGCCAGGCGGCCUUGGAAGUAACAGAAGAGCGAUCAGCACUGGGGCGGUGUGGUCCGUUGGUAGCACCAUUGUGACCGAGGGUGUGGCCAGUAUCACGGACGGCAGAGGAGGUCGCGUGACAAGCGGGACCAGUGCUCCUCACCACACCUCUGACUUUCUCAGACGACAGUCUCCAAGUGAAGAAGAAACUGUGCAUAGCCAAAGAUUGGCCGUGGCCAUGCAAAUUGAUGAGCACAUGAGGUUAUCCGGCAGUCUCAACACUCCUUCCACUUCGUCACAAGCUGGCUCAUCGAGCAGAAGAUCCUGCAGUGAUUCUAGUGGCAACCGGACGGUGUGGAGUAACAAUGCAUGGGAAAAAGAAAUGCCAUCAACUCCCUCCAGAGCGCCGAAGAGAAAGUCGAAGCACAUCCCUAUCAUACCGUUUCGCGUGCUUGAUGCGCCCGCGCUGAGGGAUGACUACUACUGCUCACUCCUGGCCUACUCUCACACCAUGCAAUGCUUGGCUGUUGGAUUGGGACCACACGUUUAUCUCUGGUCAGAGUCUCGUGGCACUUCGCCCUCGCAUGUGCCAGACUCGCUCACCUCCCCAUUUGGAGCACACGUGACAUCAGUAACAUUCAGCUCAGAAGAAGGCGAUUGCGCAAUCCUUGCGGUUGGGCGCGCCGAUGGGCGCGUGACGUUAUGGAGCCCUCGCGAUCAAGAAGCACGUUUCAACAGCGAACAACCUGCACCCAUUUCUUGCGUAUGCUUCAAGCCCACGUCUACGAAAAGGCCAUCGAUAAGAGAGCCAACCGAGAUGGUGUUGACCGAGGAACUGCUGGUUGGCGACGAGAUGGGAAACGUCUAUUAUUACUCUGUCGAGUGGCCUUCCCAGGAUAAGCGAGAUCUCUUCGAUUGGCAUGGAAGCAUGACAUUGCUGGCGCGAAUCUCUUGUCACUCCCAGCAGGUCUGUGGCAUGGCUUGGAGCAGAGAUGGCGAAUACUUUGCCACUGGUGGCAACGACAAUCAACUCUUUCUCUUCGAGACCAGAAAAAUUUUCUGUCGCUCACGACGUCGUAGCAUAGACAGUUCGAGUGCUAUGAGCGUGCGAAACGGCAAUCCUUCUGGCGAUUCGGCUAUCCCUGGGCAGGGAGAAGUUCUUGCCAUCACGCCAGGGCAAGAAAAACAUCUGUUCAGUCUCAACGCUGCAGUCAAAGCGAUCGCUUUCGCUCCUUGGCAAUCGUCACUCAUCGCUGCCGGAGGUGGAAGCAAUGACAGAUGUAUUCAUUUCUUCCACGCUCUGUCCGGUGCCUGUCUGGCGACAAUUGACUGUCACGCACAGAUCACGAGUUUGGUGUGGAGCGAAAAGAGGAAAGAAAUUGCGGCGACUUUUGGUUUUGCUCAGCCUGAGCAUCCAUAUCGCGUCGCCGUAUUCACAUGGCCCAGCUGUCGCAGAGUUGUCGGCAUUCCUUGGUAGGGUGAGGAGAGGGCUCUUUAUGCUGUCGCAUAUCCCGGUGGACCGAGCGGCGGACCGACACAGCACGGUCGGAUUCCUAGGUACAGAGCAGACGGUGAAGGGAGGACUUGGUCCGGUAAUCGAACGGGAGAGGAAGGCUGUCUCGUGAUCGCAACAAGCGAUGCAAGCAUCAAGUUCCAUGAGAUUUGGGCUGAGAGCAGUGGAAGCGGUGGUCGCGGUGGAGGAGGAGGAGGUGUGGGAUUGCUGGGUGGAAGUCCCAUUCUGGAGGAUGGAGUCAGUGCUGAUGUCGAAAGGGAUGCAGCGAUAAGGUGAGGAAAGAAAGGCGAUCGAUCCUAUGCUUACAGACUCGAGAGACAAAAUCGGAACCUGAGCUGGAGAACUAAUGUCUAUUCUUAUGAUAUAAAAAUGCUAUCAGCGAGCGUCAUGGGUAUGGGUAUCAUCGAUUCAUAUUCAUUCCAUCAUGGCGUUCAUCAUAUCC